CAGCGUCUGCUCUGAGCAAUCGCGGUAAAAGUUGAGAGUGAAAGGAGGUGGAACGCAGUUGGUUUUGUUAAGUGAAGUUUGCAGCGGGAAAUUUGUUUUGCGUGUUACCAAGCCUAACAGUUUUCGCAUAGAGGCCCGAAAGAUGUCUCUGGUUCCAUUGCUUAUUGGUGAUUUGUUUGAUGAACUACAAAGACCAGUAAGUUUAUUUGACCAAAACUUCGGCAUGGGAUUGCUCGGAGAUGAUCUGCUCAACCCUUCCAUUUUGGCCCCUCUUCGGGCAGGCUAUUAUAGACCAUGGCGUAGUCAUGCUGCCCGCCACGGUGGCGGGUCACACAUUCAGAAUGAUAAAGAUGGUUUCAAGGUAAACUUGGAUGUGCAGCAGUUCAAGCCAAAUGAACUUACAGUAAAGACUGUGAACGACCAUGUGGUUGUAGAGGGUAAGCAUGAAGAGAGACAGGAUGAGCAUGGAUUCAUUUCUCGACAGUUCCAGCGUCGCUAUAAGCUUCCUGCAGAUAUUGAUCCAGACACUGUAGUAUCUCAGCUUUCAUCAGAUGGGGUCCUUACUAUUUCUGCACCAAAGAAGGCCCUGCCUCAGGCUGGUAAUGAGAAGGUUAUUCCAAUCACACAGACCCAGGCCCCAGCAAUUAAGCCAGGCACUACCCCCAAGGCAGAUGAACCUCAGAAGAUGGAAAGCUAAUCGUUGAUGCUUCAAGUCUAAUAUCUGUUAACCCUUUGCAGGCAUUUAAAAGCUCUGUACUAAGUAGUGUGUAUCAUUUUAAACUUCACAGGGUGUUAAACAUGUUACAAUACAUAAAUAUUACAAAGUUUUUUUUUCUUAAAUGUAUUCUGCAUCAGGCCUGUAUGUAAUAACUGAAAUGAUGUACCAUGAAGUUUGUUCAAUAAAAAUUAUUUGAACUGCAUUUU